AGGACAACGACGUGCGUGGACCCAAUCCAAACCCAUCCGAAACCAAUCGACCAAUAACGUCGAACGAAACCAUCUUCGAAUUGCAUUAGAAAUAGUAAACUCGAAAUCACAAUUUUCAUUUCAUUCGGGAGUGCGCGUACGAAUUUCAAAGCGUGAGAGAAUUGCAUUGAGUAAACGCAGAAAUGGCUGACGAAGCACAAGCACCACCAGCUGAGGGCGCCGCACCAGAGGAGGGCGCACCACCAGCAGAGGGCGAGGCUGCACCACCAGCCGAGGGUGAGGCACCACCCGCAGAGCCCGCCGAGCCGAUCAAACACAGCUACACGCUCUUCUACUUCAACGUUAAGGCCCUGGCAGAGCCCUUGCGCUAUCUGUUCGCCUAUGGUGCCAUCGAGUACGAGGACGUGCGUGUCACUCGCGAUGAGUGGCCCGCUCUGAAGCCGACCAUGCCCAUGGGACAGAUGCCGGUGCUGGAGGUGGACGGCAAGCGUGUGCAUCAGAGCAUCUCGAUGGCUCGCUUCUUGGCCAAGACAGUGGGUCUGUGCGGUGCCACGCCGUGGGAGGAUUUGCAAAUCGAUAUUGUCGUUGACACCAUCAAUGACUUCCGUCUAAAAAUUGCAGUCGUCUCGUAUGAGCCCGAGGAUGAGAUCAAGGAGAAGAAGCUGGUCACACUUAAUGCUGAGGUCAUUCCGUUCUAUCUAGAGAAACUGGAGCAAACCGUCAAGGAUAACGACGGUCACCUCGCAUUGGGCAAGCUCACCUGGGCCGAUGUUUACUUCGCUGGCAUCACCGACUACAUGAACUACAUGGUCAAGCGCGAUCUGCUGGAGCCAUACCCAGCUCUGCGCGGCGUCGUCGAUGCCAUCAACGCCCUUGAACCGAUCAAGGCUUGGAUCGAGAAGCGUCCCGUAACCGAAGUCUAGAGCUAACCAGCCAGGCAGCGGCAGCGAAAGGAGAAUCAUUGCACAAUAACAGCAGCAUCAACAACAACAACACCACACCAACUCCAAUACCAUACCAACACACAUUUUUAUUACUACUAUUAUUAUUAUUAUUUACACAUUUUGUUCCACUCUUUGAUGGGAAUCUAAUUCAUGUAGACCUACGAAAGGGAUUUAACCGCACGGGGUUGCGUUCGGAAAUUCAAUUCGAAUUUUAGCGCAGUCCUCUGGCACAUGGCACUUUAUAAUUCUUUUUGGCAUAAUUCUCUUUGCAUUGCCUAGAAUAUACGUAACUAUUCAUCAGCGGAUCUAAUUUCUAGCUUUUACACCAACUUUCAAAUUUAUAAAGUUCGCGACAAUGAAAAACGAAAAAAAAUAUAAAUAUAUAAUAUUAACCAAUUAUUGCACAGUUAUAAUAUUGCUCUACUUUUAGAAAAAGACUCCAUAUGUAUACUCUAAAAUCUUACUAUAUAUCUGUAUGUAUAUAUACUACUAUAUAUGUCCACAUCCUAUAAGUUUAAUAUUCAACUAUCUUUAGUCCAAUGCGAAGAGUUCUAAAUAUUUAAACAACACUACACAAUACAGAAAAUAACGCAAAUAUUCAGUUCAUUUUUUUAGUUUUUUUGUAUUAUUUUUCUUUUUUUAUUACGCAUUCGUCUAGCCUCAAGAAUUUUCUACUUCCGACCAUUAAAACAUUGAAAAACACACAUAGGGAUUCGGUAAAAAGACUCACAAAUAUUUGAGGUUAUAGACUUAACCAAAAAUUGGAUUUAUAUACAACACACUCAAAAACAAAACUGCCAGCAUAAAAUUAUGAUUUUGAUAUUUUUUAUUUAAAUGUAUAUUUUACAUUCAAAUAUUUGCAACAUAUUUCAACUCACCCAUUUUAAAUAAACGACACACAAAAUAAGAAUUGAGCAUACUUUUCGAAAGCA